AUGAAUGCGAUGGCUGUUUGUGAGACGAACUAUGAGACCUGUGGGGCCAAUGGGCAAAGCGAGUCCUCAGAUUCUGUCUCCGACAGCUCCGGUUCUGAGAGCUUGGACAAUGCGGAGAUACCUCACCAGAGCAGUGUGAUGGCCAUCGUCCGCGAAAGAUUGCGGACAGCACAUGGCCUUGAGCAUACGGAGUCUGACCACUUCAUAUGGUCUACGGAGUCUGAGGUCUAUGAAGAGGAACUGCCUUUGGCAAAGCGUAGAAGCUGCAAGCUGCCUUUACGAUUUGUGAUAUCAUCCCUCAUUAUCAUUGCCGUCUUGGCUUCAUCAUGCACGAUGUACGCAUAUCUUAUGCUGCAGUGGAGCCGUGCACAUGGUGAAACGAUAAACCUUUUCAGAGAUUCCUUUCAAGAGCAAGGAAGGAGACUGGAACUGCAGAUAUUGGAUUCGUCUCGAUUAGCCUAUGACAAGCUGUUGCUGAAUAUUGAAUGGUCUGUGUGGUGGUACAUCAUACAGCCGCCCAGCCAAGCUGCCCAGUCCAUGUUUACUUUCCUGAAAACUGUCCACUUGAAUCCAGGAUGGAAUGAGUGGACGGACUUGUUGGCAGAAGCUGCGCGGACUCAGCUGCGUGACCAGUGGGAGGAAAACACUGGUGAACCUGGUGAACACGCGCUUCAGCAGGUCAUUCGAGAUAGGCUGCAGGGCUUUGCGUACAGCCUGGUGAUCACUUAUUGCACGGGGCUCUUUGCUGGUGCUUCCAUCACUUUGGACGGCAACAAGUCAUAUACUUUCAAAACAAGACCGCCCAUGCUACCAGGACUACCUGGAGCGAAUCUCUCUUUGUCAGUCUUCAGUCAGGAGGGUAGUGAAUCUCACCUGGAGAGGACUCUGGAGUUUCAGCCAACCUCAAGACCUUAUUAUUUGGUACAGAAGCAGCUCUUUGAGAAGGGGGCCAGCCAACAGCAAUCAUCCUCUGACGCAUGGACAGGAGUGUUCAACUAUACCAUUCCCUGGAAACCAAUGACAAGUGAAUGCGGCUAUGCCAAGAGCCUUCCCAUUCCAUUUUGCAAUGGCCUGAGCGAAGGAGUUGGCUCUGCUUGUGAUGGCUUCUGCGGAGCUAUAGCUUCUCAUGUCAGCUUGGAAACGAUGAAGGAAGCGCUUCAGGUGCAGUGGCAGAGGAUACACGAUUAUUUGGCAUCCCCAUUGUACAACUAUGAAUUGCUGGCAUCGAAAUCAAGCGUCUUCACACUCAUUCAAAAGUCCAACGCAGCACCCAAACAAGAAGGUUUCCUGCUGGCUGCUUCCAAUGAUCCUGAGCAAGGUUGUAACUUCAGGUAUGCCAACGAUUCUCCACUUCACAUAGUCUCAAGUGCCGCUCGAGCGCUCCAUCGUCGAAUGGGGGGGUCGUGGAAUGCAGAACUUCUCCAUUCACGAUUCAUGAUGAACUUCAGCAUGGCCGAAAUCGAGCUGGGUCGGUCAGUUCCGUGUCUAAGUCUCACAAAAGACUGCUUUGAUGCAGCUACUCUUCAGAUCAAAUUGGACGACGAUCUACAUUGGCUGGUUGUCCUCGUCUUGCCGGCUGAUGCUUUUACGCUGACAGCUGCCUCGCAACAGUCUGCUUGGGAAGGAGAGAUUGAAGAGAGAGCCACUCAAGUGUCACAUGACGUUACCACCAUCAACCGUAUCUCAGUGGUUCUCCUCACUGUCUCAGCUCUUUUCGGCCUGACAGCGGGGUGGUGCAUCAGUGCUUUUGCAGGUUAUCCAUUGAACAAGUUGCAGGCAUACAUGCAAAAAUUGUCGCGCCUGGAUCUGGAUGGAAUACCUGGGCUCCGCUCCCGCAGCCUAACAAAGUUAUCUUCGCUAAGGGAAGUCUCAGAACUUCAACUCGGCUUUGUAAACCUGGCUCAGAGUGUGGAGACCUUCUCUCGUUUCGUGCCAGAGACUGUCGUGAGAAGAAUUCUUCACGGAGACAAGAAGGCCACCCGUAUUCAUGUCCGCAAGCGGACCGUCACCAUCAUGUUUUCGGACAUUCGCGGCUUCACAACAAUUUCGGAAAUGCUGUCGCAAACGGACCUCCUGACACUCUUAUACAUGUACUUAAGUGAAAUGACGCAAAUUGUUGAGAAGCACGGUGGUGUGGUCAGCGAAAUUCUUGGAGACGGGCUCCUAGUCCUGUGGAACACUCCAGAUGAUCUGCCGGACCACGCGGUGGCAGCAUGCGCAGCGGCGGUGGCGCAACAGAAGGCCUUGACCAAACUCAACGAAUCUUUUGCAGAGCUUGGCCUUCCAAGUAUCUCUAUUCGCAUUGGCCUUCACACCGGGGAUGUUCUCGCUGGCAACAUCGGCAGCUGUAAAAAGAUGAAGUAUGGUUGCAUGGGCGAUCCGGUGAACCUUGCAAGCCGACUGGAAGGUUUGGCAAAAUACUACGGGGUUGGAACGCUUUGCUCUGAUGCGACCCGCGCGAAAUUGCCGCCCCACUUUUUGUGCAGAAAGCUGGACCUGGUCAAAGUUAAGGGGAAGGAAGAAGCAGUUUGGGUGUAUGAGCUCAUCCACGAAACACCUACCCCUUGGCUUCAGCAAAAAGUGCAGCUUUAUGAAGCCGGCUUAAGGGCCUAUCAUGACAGGGGCUUUGUGCCUGCAGCGCAAAAACUCGCAACCCUUUUGGCACAGGACAGUGUGGCAAGGCAAUUACUCGUACCAUUCCCAAAGCUGAACUCCACUAGACUGCAUGAUCUGCAUGCACAAGGGAAGGCAGGAAGGCGGAGUCAAACACAUACGGACGUGCGUAGUGGCUGAGGAUGGCUGAGGCCAAUGCUGUGCGUGUAUCAGAAUUUCUGAUGCCUUGCGCACACCUUUUUUUCCUUCAAAGUGAUUGUGGCUGGGGAGGGUUCACUCACCAAAGUAAAGAAGGAUGUGAAAGCAGCCGAGGAGCCACAGGACAAGGCAGCUG